GCCCGUGUGCCAGGGAUAUAAAGGCUGUUCAGCAGAAGGAACCUGCAGACCUGCCCCCACCUCCUCCCUAAUACCUGCUCCAGCCACACAGCCACCAUGUGCCACACCUGCUGCUCCACGGGCUGCCAGUCAGCCUGCUGCCCAGCCCCUUGCUGUGUCCCCACCGCCUGCUGCUCACCCUUGGGCUGUGGGAGCUCCUGCUGCUGCCCAGUGUCCUGUGUGACUCUGCUGUGCCCGCCAGUGUGUGGCGUGGCAAGCUCCUGCCAAUCACCCUCCUGCUGUGUGCCCAGCCCCUGCUGUGUGCCCGUGAGCUGCAGGCCCACUGUGUGUGUGGCCCCCUCCUGCCAGUCUUCUUGCUGCUGCCAGCCUUCCUGCCCCACCCUUGUCUACAGACCCAUCACCUGUGGCACCCAUCGUUGCUGUUGA